AUGACCGACACAGCGCAACCAUCAGACGCUUCCUCAGCUCAAUCAGCAGCCGCACACACCGGCACCCAACUGAUCACCAACCACAUCCUCACCAUCCCGCACCCGCAAUACACGCAUUUCCUCACCCAGAUCGUCCACCUUCGAACCGCAUCCGGACAAUCGAGCUUCUUCGUACACUGCAGCCACCUGACUCCCACGCUCGCACGAUCCUUGCUCUCCGCCUCAACUCCCAAUCCCGAAGCUGACUCGCUCACUGCCGAAGACGCCGAGCUCGAAGCGGCACUCGCAGCCGCCGGUCGCACCUCCACCUCCUCCACCAGCAUGCACUCCACCUCGCUCGCCACAGACUUCGCCCUCGCCAUCAACCCCACACACCACACCUCAACGUCGAUCGAAAUCCUAACCUCAACCACAUCAGCAUCAACCUCCUCCCUCGCAACCUCGAUAUCCAAACGUCUCUCCGCCAAGCUCUCCCUCCCCCAUCUCCUGCUCUCCCUCUCCCUACCCCCCACCCUCACACCCGCCCCUGGAUCCAUCUCUUCACAACAGGACUCCCACGCCCUCCUCCUCCUAGAAAAAGCCCUUCGAGACACACUCCAACUCACACUACACUCAUCUUCUUCCUCCCAAACAUAA